AUGACUGAUAAAAUAGAGUUGUAUGAAGUUGUUGGAUGCUCUCCAAAAAAGAGAAGAAAAGAAGAUGGUGCUGUUUUUCCUGCAUGCAAGACUUAUAUGUACGAGGAAACUCCGAGCAGUCAUGUUCAAAUUAAUCCUGAUGGUGUCCUAAAACUGAUGCAUGACGUAAAGGUACUGUCCACGAUUCAGACUCCUUACAGAGGAAGCUUUUAUUUGGAAGAGUUAUGGAAAGUAAAUUGUGUGGGGAUAAACUUGAUCUGGAUAAGAGGACGAGAUGAAACACUUAGACUUAUAGACAGAAAUGGAUCUCUGUUGGAAACAGUAAAGACUUCCUACGUUGUCUCAGCCAUGACUGUAAACUCAAACCAGGAACCAGUUUUUUUAAUUGGUUUGUCCGAUAGACAUGUGUACAUUUACAGGAUUAACAAGGUUGAGAUACUUCUUGAAUUAACUGACUGGCUUGCAAGAGACCUACAUUAUACUGUGAAUGGAGAUCUACUACUGAGCAUGCACACUAAAGAUGGCGUACAGAGUAAAGUGGUACGAUACACAGGGACAAAACAGAUUCUGGAGAUUCAGUAUGACAGUACGGGACAACCUUUGUUUGGUACUAAAAUGGGGGGUAUGCUUAAUCUCACUGAAAAUGGCAACGGUGAUAUUUGUGUGGCUGCCUUUGGUUGCAAGUCCGUCACUGCGGUCGAUACAUCUGGGUGUUUACGGUUCAAAUUCCAGGGUAACUGCAAUCAUAUGAAAAACACACUAUUUUUACCAUCUAAUAUCGCAACUGAUGUCAAUAAUCAAAUACUGAUAACUGACAGUUCAAGUAACGUGGUCCAUAUUAUAGAUUGUGAUGGUAACUUUGUUCGAUAUAUAGAAUAUCCGUGCAAUGGGGGAAUAAGUAUUGAUAUUGACCACAAUCUUGUUAUUGGAGAUAGGACCACUGGAGAAAUCCGAUUCAUUAAAUAUCUGGAGUAA